AUGGACACGAGUGAUUUUGAUGCAAGCGGAAUUCAUAAAGAACGUUCUCUCGAUCUAGUCUUUAAAAUCUGCAAAGAGUUGGGAACUAGCGAUGAGAGGCUAUACGAACGGGGUAUCUCGCGUAUUCAGGAUCAACGAUACGAUGAAAGAGAAGCCGACCUGAAGGAGGCACUACGGAUUCGCAAGGCUCUCAGCAACUACAUUCCCCGAGCAGGUGAGGCCACACUUAGCUUGGCUCCCCUUGCGCAGGGCAAGCUCGAAGAGUGUGAUACGCUUCUAGUGGAUAGUUUAUCGGGGAUGGAGAAGGCACUGGGCAAGGAUGAUAACGAAUCUGUGAAGACUGGGCUCAUUCUCUCUGCACUUGGCAGCUUACGUGCUGUGCAGAACCGAUGGGACGAGAGUUUGGAGUUCCACGACAGAGCAUGGCACCACAUGCGCCGAUCCGUGGGUGAAAGAGACGUGUAUACUGCGAGAGUCGCCUAUAAAAUCGCGGAGCAUCUCAUCCACCUCUGUCACGGCAGUGCAUUAGGUUUACAGAAGGACCGGUGA